CAGCAGUGAGGAGGUGCUGCAUGCUUCCUCUAUUUUUUUUUUUCUUCUUCCCCUUCUCUUUCCGGGUGUGCGCUGUGUGUUUUCAAAACUCUCAGCUGAUUCCAGCGCUUGUCCACUUAACUGACAGCCAUGGACAGCAUGGAGGCGCCGUUAGGUUCUUUCAAGAACCCCAUCAAGUUUAAAGAUCAGGACUUUAACAGUCUCUCAGAGAAGUGCCUCAAGUCUGGCGAGAUGUUCUCUGAUCAGAGCUUUUCGGCCGAGCAGAAGUCCAUCAGCAUGCCAGAGGAUGACGACCCCAAAAAGGCCAUCAAGUGGAAGAGACCCAAGGACAUCAGUGGGAAUGCUGUCUUUGUGGAGGGCACCAUCGGCACCACUGACAUCUGUCAAGGUCAGCUAGGUAACUGCUGGCUGCUGGCAGCGCUUUCCUGUCUCACCAUGCACCCCAAACUCUUUGUCAAGGUGGUACCGCCCAACCAAAGCCUGUCCAAGUCUUAUGCCGGUAUCUUUCAUUUCAGGUUCUGGCAGUAUGGCGAGUGGGUGGAGGUGGUCGUGGAUGACAGGCUGCCAGUGCGAGAAGGCCGUCUCCUCUUCAGCUACUCUCACACCCGCAACGAGUACUGGAGCGCCCUGGUGGAGAAGGCCUACGCCAAGUUGAUGGGAUCGUACGGAUGUCUAAGGGGCGGCAAUAUUUCGGAGGGGAUGGAGGAUUUCACGGGAGGCAUCGCGUACUCUCUGCCCGUCUCCUCGCACACGCCUCGCGUCUUCUGGAGGUUGCUGACGGCCGCCCUCGCCCGAGGCAGUUUGCUCAGCUGCUUUAUUCAGGCCAACAGCUACAAGGAAGUUAGUAAAGUAAACGCGGAUGGGCUGAUAAAGGGCCACGCCUACGCCAUCACUGACACCGACCAGGUCAAGCAUGAGGCAGAUGAGGUUUUGCUUCUUAAGCUGAGGAAUCCAUGGGGCUUUGUUGAGUACCGUGGACCUUGGAGUGACAAAAGCAAAGAAUGGCAUGACAUAUCCAGAGAGGAGAAAGAGAGGCUCGAAAUGAAACGUAGGGAAGAUGGCGAGUUCUGGAUGAGCGCUGAUGAUUUUUGCAAGAAGUUUGACUUUGCGGAGCUCUGCAGUAUCAAUCCUGACAACCUUGUGGAGGGAAAAAUAGUGGAGCCCAUUAGCUCCUCCUCCGGGUCUAAAUGGACCAUCAACGAGCAUGAAGGAUUUUGGCUGAAAGGGAGCUCGGCCGGCGGAAGCCGAAAAUACAACCGCUCCUUUUGGAAGAACCCUCAGUUUGAGCUGAUUCUCACGGAGCAGGAUCAGCCGGAUGAGGAUGACGAGGAGGAUGAGGAAGACUGCGACGAAGAGGAGGAGAGCGGGCCGAACAAUGGCAUGAAGACAGAGAAGCAGAAGAUAAAAGCCAAGAAGUGCACGGUGCUGGUGGAAAUCCUGCAGAAAAACCGCAGGCGCAAGAAUCAAGUCCACUUCCUCUAUAUGGGCUUCCACAUCUACAAGGUUCCCUCUGAGCUUUACGGUAUGUGUCUGGACCGCAACUUCUUCUUGAAAAAUCGUCCAGUUGGUCGUUCUGGGAAAUACAGGGCUCAAAGGGCUGUGUGGAGGAAAAUGCACCUGGAGCCCGGUCACUACGUCCUCGUGGCGUCCACCUAUCGACCCAACCAGCCCGGAGAGUUCUUUGUCCGCAUCUUCUCCAAAACCGCCAACAGUUUGGGAACUCAGGAUUUUACAUGCACCUCAAGCUAUCUCCCGGCGAUGGCUGCCCCUCUUACACCAGAGGAUAAAAUGAGAGUUCUGAGGACUUUUGAUGAAGAGGCUGGACCAGAUGACAGGCUGAGCCCCAGGGAGCUGAAGACACUUUUCAACUCAGUCCUGGACAAAGAUUACCACCUGCCGUUGGAGACGUGCAGGCAGCUUAUUUUUGGAGAGGACACUAAAGGAAGAGCCAGUUUGAACCGUCAGCAAACAGAAGCUUUGCUGUCAGAGCUACGCCAUUUGCAGACCAUCUUUUUCCAAUUUGAUGAGGACUCUUCCGGCACCAUGAGUCCUUUUGAACUCUCUGCAGCUCUGCAAGCCAUGGGGAUGAAGUGCGACGAUAAAGUAGUCCAGCUGCUGUAUGAGCGCUUCGCAUCCGGAGAGCUUCACCUGCCCUUCCACGACUUUGUCGCCGGCAUCACCCGCCUGCGCAAACUUUUUGCAUUGUAUGAAUCAGAGAACAACCGCGAGGUGAAAGACAGAGGCAUCAAUGCUUGGCUCAUUCGCUUUCUGCUGGUGUGACGAGCGUCUCCGUGUGGAUCCGGCAGAGCGUCAUUGAGUUGACACACUGACACUAUCACAUCCACGCAAGUGUUUUUCCAGUCAUUUCUAUGCACUGAACGUCAAGAAAAUUUCCAGUAUGUCUUAAAAGUCUCAUGUUUGCCCCUACACUGGUUAUAAAAAGUCUACACACCCCUGUUUUGCUCAAGAAAUGAGACCAAGAUCAUAAUUUCGCAACCUUUUUCACCAUGAUUGAAACUAAUAAUCCGAGAAAUAUUUUAGACAAGGAAAGUAAAAGGUAACAACUGUGAUCAUGUGUUUGCAAAAGUGUGCACACCCUGGGGAUGUGGCUGUGUUCAGCACAGCCACAUCGCCACUUAGGAGAGGGUGUGCACACUUAUGCAACUACACUACAUCAGUUGUUUAUUUAUUUUCCCCUCUAUUGGAUUAUGCAGUAUAGACCACACACAAGGCGGGAAACAUUUUGAAAUGAUAAUCAUGGUCUAAUUUGUUUAUUUCACAGAAACUUGGCAUUUGGACAAGGGGGUGUGUUGUCGACUUUUUAUCCCCAACGUAGCUAUAAUCACACAUCUUAUCGUAGCAAGCACCACCGCGACCCCGACAGUUUGCUCAUCAGGUUCUCAAGAGCAUAGCUUGGCUGAUAUCUAUAAACUCACCAACUGACUGACACACACGCACAAACUGAGCACUGUUUGUCUCGGUGCGAACGUGAGGGUGAUGUCUCAGCAACGUUCCACGCUAUUCUUAUCACACUGACGCCACAUACAGCGUCAACACACCCUCACUCCCUCCAUCAUCCCUCAUUACAUCCCGUCACCCCACCAGCGCCGGCAUCAGCCUGUUCUCUCUAGUGUCUGAGUCGCACAAUUUGCAUCCUCCACCCUUUUAAACACUUAAUGUCCUCUCUACAUGUGCUGCUAUUAAUAAAUCCUUUGCUGCUCUCACA